CACAAAGCAGGGUAAGUGGUAGGAGGAUGGAUGGAUUAAUGGAUGGAUAUUUGUGUUUCCUUCACAGAGACCAAGUGAAUAGAUGUAAUUCAGAUCCACAUGAAGGAGACUUGUCAUCUAUCUUCAAGAUACUAGAGGAAAAAGUUCAAAUGUUUCUGAAGGAUGAGCUGAGAAGAUUCAGAAGGUACCUAGAUCCGAAUUACCCAGAAUGCUCUGAGACUCAGCCGGAGGAGGACAAUGACCUGGACAGUGAUGGUCAGACGCAGAAGGCCUGUGGUAGAGAGGGAGCUCUGAAGAUCACACUGUACAUCCUGAGGACCAUGGAACAAAAUGAUCUCGCUGACAUGCUGGAGAAGAGAGAUGUUCUGUCACAAUGUCAGCCCAUAGUUCAAAGUAACCUGAAGAAGAAAUGUGAGUGUGUAUUUGAAGGGAAAGCUAAGGAAGGACAGCCAACACUUCUCAAUGAGAUUUACACAGAACUCUACAUAACUGAAGGUAGAACUGGAGAAGUCAAUGAUGAACAUGAAGUGAGACAGAUUGAAACAGCGUCCAAGAAAAGACUAACAGAAGAUACUACAGUCAAGUGCAAUGAUAUAUUUAAACCCUUAUGUGGGCGUGAGGCACCUAUCAGAACUGUACUCAGUAAAGGGGUGGCAGGUAUCGGGAAAACAGUCUCUGUGCAGAAAUUUAUUCUAGACUGGGCAGAAGGAAAAGCAAACCAGGAUGUUCACUUCAUAUUUACUCUUCCUUUCCGCGAUCUGAAUUUGAUUAAGGAUGAAUACAGUCUGAUUGAACUGCUUCACCGCUUUAUCCCAGAACUGAAAUCAUUUGAAUCCACUGAGCUGUUUAGGUACAAAGUCUUGUUCAUCUUUGACGGUCUGGAUGAGUGUCGCCUUCCUCUAGAUUUUCAGAACAAUGAAAGCUGGUUUGAUGUAACAAAGAAAACAUCACUGGAUGUGCUGUUAACUAACCUCAUUAAGGGGAAUCUGCUUCCAUCCGCUCUCCUCUGGAUAACCUCCCGGCCAGCAGCAGCCAAUCAGAUACCUCCUGAGUGCGUCCACCAGGUGACAGAGAUACGAGGGUUCAGUGAUGCCCAGAAGGAGGAGUAUUUCAGGAAGAGAUUUAGUGAUCAGAGCCUGGCCAGCAGGAUUAUCACACAUGUGAAAUCAUCAAAGAGCCUCAUCAUCAUGUGCCACAUACCUGUGUUCUGCUGGAUUUCAGCCUCUGUCCUUGAGAAGCUCUUAAGUGAGACUGACAGUGGAGAAAUUCCAAGAACUCUGACUGACAUGUACACACACUUCCUGAUCUUUCAGACAAGUUUAAAAAAUGACAAGUAUAUGAAAAAUGAUGACAUCAAGCGGAAUAAAUACAACAAGGAAUUCCUUUUAAAACUUGGUAAACUGGCUUUUGACAACCUCAAGGAAGGCAAUCUCAUAUUUUAUGAGCAAGAUCUGACAGAGAAUGGCAUUGAUGUCAGGGAAGCUUCAGUUCACUCUGGAGUGUGCACAGAAGUCUUUAAAGAGGAAUAUGGGUUGUAUCAGGAGAAGGUGUACUGCUUUGUACAUCUGAGCAUCCAGGAGUAUCUUGCUGCUUUAUAUGUGUUUCUAUCAAAUUCAUCAGCUGACCUGCUGAAGACUGUGGUGGAUGAGGCAUUAAAGAGCAAGAAUGGACACUUGGACCUCUACCUCCGCUUCCUCCUGGGCCUCUCAACAGACUCCAGUAAGUCUCUAUUGCAGAGACUACUGGCACAGACACAAACCAGCUCACAUAACAUUGGGGAAACAGCCCAAUACAUCAAGGAGAAAAUACAGGAGAAUUUAUCUCCAGAAAGGACCAUCAACCUGUUCCACUGUCUGAAUGAACUGGGUGACAAUUCUCUAGUAGAGGAAGUACAAAGACACAUGAAUUCAGGACGUCUUUCAGCAGAAAACCUCUCACCUGCACAGUACUCAGCUCUGGCCUUUGUGAUGCUGAUGUCAGAUGAGGAGCUGGAUGUGUUUGAUCUGAAGAAAUUCGUCAGAUCAGAUAAAGAGCAUUGGAGGCUGCUGCCUGUGGUCAAGACAUCUAGGACAGCUCUGCUGGACAGCUGUGAUCUCACAGAGCAAUGCUGUGAGGUGCUGGGUUCAGCUCUCAGAUCAAACUCCUCACACCUGAGAAAGCUGGACCUGAGUGACAAUGACCUGCAGGAUUCGGGAGUGAAGUUGCUCUCUGCUGGACUGCGAGAUUCCCACUGUAAACUGGAGAUAUUAAGGUCAGUAUUACUGGGUAUUUCACACUGUAAACUAGAGAUACUGAGGUCAAUAUUACUGGGUAUUCCACACUGUAUACUGGAGAUUCUGAGGUCAAUAUUACUGGGUAUUCCACACUGUAAACUGGAGAUACAGAGGACAGUAUUACUGGGUAUUCCAUACUGUAAACUGGAUAUACUGAGGUCAUUAUUACUGUGUAUUCCACACUGCAAACGGGAGAUACGGAGGUCAGUUUUACUGGGUAUUCCACACUGUAAACUGGAAAUACGGAGGUCAGUUUUACUGGGUAUUCCACACUGUAAACUGGAAAUACGGAGGUCAGUAUUACUGGGUAUUCCACACUGUAAACUGGAGAUACUGAGGCUGUCAGGCUGUCGAGUCACAGAGGAAGGCUGUUACUCUCUGGCUUCAGCUCUGAGGUCAAACCCCUCACACCUGAGAGAGCUGGAUCUGAGCUACAAUCACCCAGGAGACUCGGGAGUGAAACUGCUCUCUGCUCUAAUGGAGGAUCCCAGCUGUAAACUGGUGAAGCUGAAUGUGGACCACAGUGGAGAGUGCCGGACCAGACCGGGUGUACAGAAAUACUCCUGCCAGCUGACACUGGACCCCAACACAGCACACAGAGGCCUGUCUCUGUCAGAGGGGAACAGGAAGGUGACAAGGGGGGCAGAGAAGCCAUAUCCUGAACAUCCAGAAAGAUUUGACACCGAACCCCAAGUUCUGUGCAGAGAGAGUCUGACUGGCCGCUGUUACUGGGAAGCUGAGUGGGAUGGAGAUAGAGCUGAAAUAGGAGUGACGUACAAAGGAAUCAGGAGGAAAGGAUGGAGUGCUGAUUGUCUGCUUGGAGCCAAUGACAAGUCAUGGAGUUUGCGCGGUGGUCCUCGCAGUUACUCUGUCUGGCACAAGAAUGAACAGACUCCCAUACCCAUACGGCCCUCAGGCUCCCGCAGAGUAGGAGUGUAUCUGGACUGGGGGGCUGGUGCUCUGUCCUUCUACAGAGUGUCCUCUGAUGAACUGACCCUCCUGCACAGAUUCACCUCCUCAUUCACUGAGCCCCUCUAUCCAGGGUUUGCGGUUUAUUAUCCAAAGUGCUCAGUGUCGUGGUGCAUGCUGGGAUAGCUCACUGCACGCCGGAGGAAUAAUUUUUACUCUGUCUCAAUGUGAUGUGUUGAUGCUUCUCCAUGGUAAAUCUCUGAUUUUUUACAUGUAUAACCCUUUUUACUCUGAAGUGUGGCUGAUGUUAAACAGCUUUUUCUCUUUGACUGAAAUAUACCGAAAUGUAAUCCUUUUGGGGGGGG